AUUUUUGUUGGCAACCAUGGCGCCAAGCGCUGAAAGCGCCACCUAGCGGCUUACGAAGACACUACGAGGAGCCGCUACAGCGCCACCUAUCGGAGAGCUGCAUCAUAGGACCAGGUAGCCGCCGCCCCGCCUACCUGGAAUGGCAGCAGACUUCGGCGGGGAUACCGAGCCUAUAAAAGGGGCUGCACGACCUUCAGAGCUCUCUUGAUCCAGCGACUGUCGAUAGGUUUACUUAAAGUGUAAAUUAUAACGUAUUUUGUAAUUAAUUUGAUUAAAAUAAAGUAUUUUAAAAGUCCAGUAUUUUACCUUUACUUAUCAUAGUCAGGUCGUUUACAUCAGAAGUGUUCUUACCUUCGUCCAAAUGGGUAAGCGUAGUAAACGCUCUAAAGCUAAACGGAAGCGGCAACGGUCAAGUUCGAGUUCUUCGAGCGUCAUUAGCGUGUCUACCGGGAGGACUCCGUCACCUCCACCACCAAAGAGAAUUAAGGUAUCACGUAAAGCUGAUAUCCAAACAGUGAGUACAAAUAAUGUUCCUACCUUGAAUAAUAUGAUACCAGAGUUUAAUCCACUAAAUGAUGACGUGUCUGCUUGGCUCAAUAUAAUCAUGAACUACGCGCGAACUUUUUCAUGGAAGGAUGAGAUGAUCCGGUAUCAGGCUUUAAACAAAUUAAAAGGUCCCGCGAAAGUAUGGUACGAUUCUCUCUUGCGCACCGAUUGUUCUUGGCCCUCGUGGAAAUGGGAGGAUUGGAAUAGAAAGUUAACAUCUAGUUUUCAACGGCGUCGAAACAUGUUCGACUUAUUAAAGGAAAUUGUAGAGAAUAAACCAAACGAUAAUCAAUCUCUUUAUGAGUUCUUUUUCGAACAGAAAUGCAAAAUUGAUAGGUUAUCGUUGGGUUUUUCGGAACAAGAUAUAAUUUCUAUUAUUGUGGGUAAUAUAGGAGAUUGCGGUAUAGGAGCAGCUAUCGAAGCUACCAAUUUCGGAACUAGUGACAAUUUAGCAAGUUAUUUACAUGGUCGCGUGUAUAAACCAUCUAAAAACGCGAAAAAUGUAGGCGCGAUUUCUCGUGACGUUCCACCAAAAAGUGAAACACAGUCGUCGACAAGUCAGAACGUUUCUUCAUCUGGGUCUUCAGUUUCACCUAAUGUAUCUGAGCGAUCCACCACCGCGCGUAAUAAUAACACGCAGCAACGAAAACAGAUCAAAUGUUAUAACUGUGGCGGUAAUCAUACAAAAGCAAAUUGUGAUGUUGUUGUUAAUAAGAUUGCAAAUAAAAAGCAAUGCAGUUACUGUUACAAGCAAGGACACUCUGAAUCUGAAUGUUAUCAUAAAAAGAAUGCAGUUAAAAUAGAGAAACAUGAAACAAAAUUCGUGUCUACCUCUAAUCCGCGGAACAAAUUUAUAAAGAAUAUUCGUAUUAACGAUUUUGAACACGAAGCUUUUGUCGACGCGGGUAGUAGUUGUUCACUCAUUUCUGCAUGUUUGGUUAAAAAACAGAAUAUAAAGAUAAUUAAGCUGCCCUUGCCUGUUACAUUGCAUGGCUAUAAAAUGCAAAAUACAGAUACAGUUACGCACAAGAUAACAGUUGAUCUGAAAAUCGAUGCGGUUUGUUUGACAGGAAUAGAUUUUUACAUUAUGGACGAUUUAGCAGAUUAUGACAUACUGAUUGGUAGGAACGUGACCGAACGCGAUGAUUUAAUGUAUUCACGAGUAGGGAAUUCAUUGAAGUUUGAUUAUGCGUCUUCAUUUAAGGAAUUCUGUAAUACAGUGACCGAUCUUGAGUUAGAUGCUGAUUCUCACCAGAACGAAUUGAUAGCGCUUUUCAGAAAGUAUGACGGUUGUAUUGCGUCAAACAUUAAAGAAUUAGGUAAAGUCAACGGUCAUGAAAUGACAAUAAAUGUAACCAGUCCUCAACCAGUUCAAUGCAGGCCUUUUCGAGCCUCUAUUCCAGAUCGAAAAAUAAUUCGGGAGAUGGUAAAUGAACUUUUGGAAAAUAAUAUUAUUCGUGAAAGUAAAUCACCGUAUGCAAGCCCAGCUUUGCUUGUUAACAAGAAAAGCGGAGAAAAAAGGCUUUGCAUUGACUAUCGGGCUUUGAAUAAAAUUACAGUUAAGGACAAGUAUCCCAUGCCACGGAUUGAGGAACUGAUAGACAGACUUCAAGGCCAUAAAUGUUUUACAAGUUUAGAUCUGAAAAGCGGAUAUUAUCAAAUCGCGAUGAGUGAGGAAUCAAUUCCUAAAAGCGCAUUCGCUCCCGUUCGGGCUGGCCAAUGCACCUAG